AUGAACUCUCAUCAAUCGCAAAAUAAAGGAAUUGGAAGUACAAGAACCGAUGUAUUUGUUUUUGGUAAUCCUAGAGGUUUAAAAUAUCGUUCAAAAUGUGAGUUCGUUCCUCACUUUUUAUGGCUUUAUUUUGGUAAAAAAGGUAGUUGUAAAUGUCGGAAAUGUGAAAUAGUGUUCACUAGAAAGAUAAAUCCAACUUCAAAUGGAUCUUAUCAUCAUCAACAGAAAUCAGUCAUCAAUAAUGUUGAUCAUGAUAUUGACAAAAAAACAUUAACUAAUUUUAACGGUUCUGAAUAUCGAAGUGGUGAACUAGUUUGGAUUUCUGUUACAAGCUCAAGUAUACCUAUUAAAUUGUUAAAAACAAAUGAAAAUUGCAAAAAUAAUGAAAACUUGAGUGAAAUUUAUUGGCCAGGAACAAUAAUUGAAGUUGUUACUACUACCGAUGAGAAUAAAAUAAACAGCCAUGUUGCUGAUUCAUCAAGCGUUUCAACAGAUCAAGCUAUUCUAUAUAAGAUAAAACUUCUGACAUUUAAUGAAACUUAUGAACGUCCACCAUCUACUAUAUCGCCAUGGCUUUCAAAAGAUCUCGAUGAUUUGAUCAAAGAAUACUCGAAUGAAAUUUAUUUCACUAAAUUCUUGGACGCAGUAAAAAUCGCAAAAAAUAUUCAGGGAUCUUUUGUAACAGGAAUAAUUUAUGAUUACAUAAUUAAUAGUAACAAUCUUGAUUUAAUUAAAGAUCCAAUUCAAAAAAAAAGAAUUGUUGACUCAAAAGGCUAUCCUCACUAUAGUGAAAUAUGGUUCGGUGCAGAACAAAUCAAAGUUUAUGAUUUUGUGAGAUUAACCUCAAAUAAUGAGUCAGAUGAAAAAGAAUAUUUUAGAAUAACAUCAAUCUACAGGUUGCCGAAUAAUAUAGUUCAAUUUGCUGGCGACUUAUACGUAUUAAAAAAACCAGGCGAUGAUAGUAAUAGUAAUAAUGGUGAAAUAUUCAGAACAUUGACGAUUAAAGAUUGUAAUUACAUAUCAAAAAAUUAUAUUUAUGAAGAGUACACAAUUGAUUUAGAAGAUGUUGCAGGACGGUUUUAUUUAAAUAGAAAUUCUAUCACUAAAUCAAUGAAUGCUACACAAGAAAGGUCUUCGAGAGAAGAAUUAUUUAAUAUUAAUGAUAUUAAUAUCAAUAAGAAGGUGUGA